AUGAUGCCAUUCGGUGCAUCCAUUAGCUGCGCAAUCUGGGAGAAGUUCGCAACUGCAUUACAUUGGAUCAUUCAAUCUAGCUCACGUAACCCCCAUAUUCUACACUAUUUAGAUGAUUUUCUCUUCGCGGGACCACCAAAUUCUAAUCAGUGCCAAUCUACCCUCGACCUUUUCAAAAAUAUCUGUAGCCAUAUCAGAAUACCAAUAGCUCUUGACAAAACCACUGAGCCCAGCACAACUAUAUUUUUUCUAGGAAUUGAAUUUGACACAAUCCACAUGGUAAUGCGACUUCCGCAAGAUAAGUUAGUUUCUCUCCGACAAAGCAUUCAAACAGUCAUGAUAAGUAAAAAGGUCUCCUUAAAGGCCUUACAAUCACUGAUUGGUCUCCUCAAUUUUGCCUGCAAAACAGUAGCACCUGGAAGAGCCUUUUGCAGGCGACUAGUUGAUGCCACUAUUGGCAUCAAAAAAUCAUAUCACAUGAUAAGAGUUAAUCAAGGUAUGAAAGCAGACCUUGCAGUAUGGCAGCAAUUUUUGAAACACUUUAAUGGGGUCACAGUCAGAUGCUCCGGUAUUUGGUCAUCAGAUAACAGUCUACAGCUAUUCACAGAUAGUGCAGGGGGGUUUAAUGGGGGGUUUGGAAUCUUUUUUGCUGGCCGCUGGGCUCACUCAAAAUGGCCUACCCACUGGGUGUUUUCUGACGUUAUUCGUGACAUGACAUUCUUAGAACUAUUUCCAGUAUAUGUUUCACUCCUGUUAUGGCACCCAUGGUUAUCAAACAAACGCAUACUUUUCCACAUUGACAACAUGGCAGUUGUACAAGUCAUCAACACAUUGACAUCUAAGUCAACAAGGGUAAUGAACACUGUCAGAAAACUUGUUCUCCUCACUUUGCAACAUAACAUUACAAUUAAAGCCCAACACAUCCCAACAAAACUGAAGAAAAUAGCUGACAGUAUUUCUCGUUCACAGUGGGGAAAGUUUCGCAACCUGGCUCCAGAGGCAGAGAUGUGGCCCACACAGCUCCCCAAGCAGAUAUGGGAAAUCUAA